CACUUUUCUCUGAGGCUGUGUCCCAACCUGGCCACCCCGUUCAAAUUUUUCUAGACCGCCCCUGGAAAGCAUCCACAGUGACACGGAGGAUGCUGUGCCAGUGGAGGCUGCAGCUGAGUCUGGGAAGCGUCACCGACUGAGCAUCAUUUCUCAACUUGUAGCUUCACCACAAACUUAAAGCAGAAGGACGAUGAGUCCGACUUAGGUGCGUUCUAAGACUACAUUUACAUCGAGUGUUUUUUAUCCGAGUUUGAGCUCCUGUUAAGUCGCUGUGCAGAUGGAGCUGAGCAGGAGGAAAGUGCCUCUUUAUGGCCAGGCUAAGGUAUUUGCCUUGCUGGAGGGUUUAGACUCACUGCCCGAGGAUGCCGAGGUCUACGUUGUUUUGGAAGGAUCCACAUUGGUCCAUGUCACCAGGGCUAGGAAUGAUGUCAUGCUCUGCUUUGUAGUGCCAGGACAUAACCUGGCUGAGGUGGUUUCUGUCCAGGCCUACCUGUGUUCUGAAACCACACCCCUCACCUGGGUGGGUGGGGCUUCAUUGGAGUAUGUUCAAGAUGAUGCUCAGGACUUGGCAGAGCACCUGGUGAUCCAUGGACAUUGUCUGACCUCCACAGAUCACAUGGAGCUGAGAAGCCUCUUCAGUCUGGGCCAGGAGAGCUCUCGCCGGUCUAUGGAUCAUUGUGCGGCCCUGGCUAUGGCCAAUCUGGAUAUCCCCCAAAACUGGAAUGUACUGGGCUGCCACAGUGGAGACGAGAACAGUCUCAGGGAGUCUCCCCUCCACCUGGCAGUGCGAUGGGGUCUUUGUCGGCUUGCAGAGCUAUUGCUUUGCCAGCCAGGAGGUUUGAUGGCUGUGAGUCUACCAAACGAAGAGGGAAUCACACCACUGCAGCUGGCACAGGCAGCAAGCAACGCUGAGCUCCUGGAGCUGCUCACUCACCCACCCAACCCUUUAACCACACCUCCAGCAGGUCUGUCCCAGGUAUGGGCAGACCGGUCGCGCUUGCUGAGGUUCUGUCAUGACACAGGGAACCUGACACUGACCGUCCGUCAAAACCUGAGGUGGAGCUCAGAGGAGAGCCGUCACACUGACAUCUUGCUUCUUCGAGACUGGCUCAGAGAUGAGGACUUCCUCAGAGAGAUCAAAGCACUAAAGAGUGAACGCAAGAAGACCAUCGUAGGGAAGGAAGAACUAGUGGAUGAUCCUGCAGGGAAUGCACUAUAUCCUGAUAUCAAUGGAGGAACCGCUGCUGUAGAACAAAAUGGCUAUGAGGAGCCACUAAUGUUUUGCCUGAAUGAGGAGGAUGAAGAGGACAAUCCAUCACAGUCUGACUCUGAGAAAAAUCAGUGCAUAAGGGACAGCCAGACCUCGUCCCCGACUCUGGCUGCAGCUGCCAGACUGUCAGCGAUGAUACACGGCAAAGACAGAGUGUAUGCCAACGCCAUGCUGGUGGACCAGGUCAAUGAUGCAGAUAUUAAAUACCGCUCUCCAGAGGAGGAAGAGGUGAGCCAUGUGCCCCAUGUUGGCAGCCCAUGUUGGGACUCCCUCUCCAUGACUCCCCCUGACUCAGGAAUCUGCUCCCUGAACCGGCACCCAUCCUCACCCCAUAACGGGGAGAGGGAAAUCCAAGCUUGUGGCCUAAAGAAUGACAGGGAGCCAUCCCCUUGGACCUCUCCCCCCUCUCCCUUUGCUACCUCUCCAUCUUUUUCUUCCUCCCCCUGGACCUCCACCUUUCAUUUGUUUGAGGGAGCACAGCGGCAUCAGGCGCAGCCGUACCUGCCAGUUUCUCCUGCUUUGAAUCACGGAGGAUGUGGCUUCACAGAGGAGAGUCGAGGCCUAUGUCCUAGUCUUGAGUGUGACAGUGGAGAAGAGGACAUACUAGGAUAUUCCUACCCCUGCUUGUCAUUAAAGCAACAGUCCAUCGUGCGGUCCAGCUCAGGAGAGGAGAGGGACUCUUUUGACACUUCACCAGAUUUUAACUCCACACACUCCAACAGCACGCACAAGCAUACCAAGAACCCUAAGGAAUCCGAGCUCCGUCUGCGCUCCUACUCCUCCUCCUCCCCCAAGGCGAAGCAGUCACGGCCGCUGCUAAACCGUGAUGCAGCCAUCACUGACCUCGCAGAAGAGCAGAAAGCAUCCAGUCUGACUGAGACAUCCAGAGAAAAGAGGGUUUUGGGUUUCCGUAAACGGGCCCAGUCAGCAGAGGAGGAGAGCAGCUCGUCACUCGAACACCUCACCCUCACAGAGUUCCUCAAAGAGAUUGAGGAUGAGGAGUGGGCUAAAUACAUAAUCCCAUCCAAGGUUGAGUCAGAGAAGUACAAAGUCAGCCGGACCUUUAGCUUCCUCAAGAGCAGGAUGUCCAGCACUCGCAACAAGACAAAGGUGAAGGGGAAAGAGGUAAAGGAAAAAAAGGAGAAGACAGGAGGCACUAAUGGACACCAGUUUGUGCCCGUCUCUCCAUCUGGUCCUGCUUUCUGUGUGGCCUGUGAAAAGUCUGUUUCUGGGAAGGAGCUGUUGCAGUGCUCCAACUGUUUCCUGAAUACCCAUAAAAACUGUCGAGAGUCUGUUGCAGCCUGUGGAAAGAAGCCACAGGAGAGGAAUGCAUUACAGAUGAAAAGCAAGACCUUGUCUCUCCCACAGAACUCUAUGAAAGACAACUCUCCAGCCUCUCUUUUCUCCUCCUCCUCUUCACUUCCAACGAUGACCAGAGAGAAGAGGGAAACAGUCGUGCCUCUCUCCAAAAACCUCUCCAUCACUGUAGACAGCAGACAGCUGGGCGAAGCGGCAGGGCCGGACUUGGAGUGCAGUGUGACAGCUCACACUAACAGCUCAUUGUCUGAUGAGGGAACGCUGGUCCUGAUGACUCCCCCGUCCGUUGACCCGCCAAUCACAGCACAGGAUGCUGUUAAUGCUCCUCUACUGAGCGACUUGUCAGCUGACCUACUGGGACUUGAGGCAGAGUCAUGGAGUCUUAUGGUCAGUCCGGAGUUUCGCAGGCAACACGACAGGCACACCAUCAAACGACAGGAUGUUAUUUAUGAGCUGAUGCAGACAGAGCUGCACCACAUCCAAACCCUGACGGUCAUGUCUGAGGUGUUCCGUAGAGGCAUGCUGGAGGAGCUGCAGCUGGACUGGGACUGCGUGGCCCGGAUCUUCCCCAGCUUGGACCCUCUGCUGCUCUUCCACAGGAACCUCUUUGGAGCACUGCAGGAACGCCGACAGGCUGCAACCCAACCUGAUAACCCUCGAAAUUACCUCAUCCGUCAGAUUGGAGAUAUACUGCUUCAGCAGUUCUCAGAUGAAAAUGCUCUAAAGAUGAAGCAGGUGUAUGGAGAGUUCUGCAGUCACCACACUGAGGCUGUCAAUGUCUUCAAAGAGCUGCAGCAGCAGAACAAGAAACUCCAAAACUUUGUUAAACAACAGAGUAAUAACUCUCUGGUGAGGCGGAGAGAGGUGCCAGAAUUUAUCCUGCUGGUCACUCAGCACAUCACCAAGUAUCCAUUGCUGCUGGAGAGGAUAUUAAAGUACACUCGGGAGGAAAGCCAGGAACACUCAGACUUGUCAAGUGCUCUGGCUCAGAUCCGUGAUGUUAUCACUGCAGUGGACCUGACUGUGAAUAAGUAUGAGAGGUGUCAAGAGCUGCAGGAAGUGCUCACCCGGCUGGAGAACAAGAGCUUUGCCAAGCUAAAGAAUGGCAAGGUGUUUCGCAAGCAGGACCUGCACAGCAAACACCGGGAUCUGCAGCGUAAAGGACUGGUCUACUGGAAGACUGCCACAGGACGGCUGAAAGAUACCUUAGUGCUUCUUCUCACAGAUGUUCUGGUUUUCCUACAAGAGAGAGACCAGCGCUUCAUAUUUGCUGCUGUGGACCAGAAGCCUCCAGUAAUCCCUCUGCAGAAGCUCAUUGUUAGAGAGGUAGCCAAUGAGGAGAGAGGGAUGUUCCUUAUUUCUGCCUCCUCAGUGGGACCAGAGAUGUAUGAAGUUCAUACCACCACCAGAGAGGAGAGGAAUGCGUGGAUGAGACACAUACGACAAGCUGUGGAGAGUUGUCCUGAAGAAGAGGAGGAGGAGGAACAAAGUACUGAGACAGAGGAGGCCAGGCGGACUGCGGAAGUGAGAGUUCAGAAGAUCGCCAAAUUCCAAGAGACACUGUUGGGCCAGGACCAGCGUAUCUGCAACAGUCUGGAAGAGAAGCUACAGCUGUAUGCUGAUCUUACAGAGUUAACCCUCCGCUCACCAGAUACUGUACCACGUCGCCACCUGCUGGUACAACCAGACACAGACAAUGAGACACCCCAACAGGCCGCCUCCCUACUCACAGCUGCACUCAGAGAAGCGGAAAAUCUGAUCAGCCUCCUGCAGGCUUGCGAUAGUGUUUCUGCACAGUGUCAGAACUCUUCUGUCCAAGGACAAGAGUGCUUCAGCUACAACAGCCAAGGCAGUAGCAUCCAGGAGUCUCCCUCUGAACCAGAUUAUCUGAGUACGCUCAGUAUGAGCUCCACCUCGCUUGGAUCAGACAGUGAGUUAACAGGGUUGGACAGCGUGUUGUUGAGCUCAUCUGUCGAGCUGAGAAGAGGAGACGCCAAAGCGACACUGUUAAAGGUGACAGAGAGUGUCCAGAGCCUGACUCAGCUUCUCUAUAGUCUGCAGGCAGCUGUGACCCUCCAGGACAGCUACUAUGAAGUCCAGAAACUCCUUCUCCAAGAGAAAGAAAGACCUCGGCUCCGAAAUGUCACAUCACUCCAAAACAACUUGGAGCAGGAGAGGCCAAGGAGUGUUGACAAGAAGGGUUUGGAGAGAAAGAGAGAGGAGGUAGAUGAGGUGCAGAAACUCCAUGUGAAACUGAAACAGGAGCAGCAGUGCUGGGACAAAGAGUGUCUGGCCAGAGACAAACAACAGAAUGAGCAGGAGAGUUUGCUGCAACAGCGAGAGCAGCAGUGCUUCCUGAAGGCAGAGUGGCUGCGCUGUGAGCGUGAGGAGCUAGAAGCCCAGCUCCUGGAGUAUCAGCUAAAUCUGGACAGACUGAGGGAGGGUCAGAGAAGUGUGGAGAAGGAGAAGGAGAAGGUGGACGCCCAGCAGUGGCUUCUUCAGAGCUGGAGACAUAAUCGUCAGAGCAGCCUGCCUGUUACAAUACCACUGGAUGGAUACAAGGUGCCCAGCCACAUGCGCUCAAGCAGCCUGGAUAGUAAUUGUUCAGUGUACAAGAGCGAGGCGGCCCUACUCACCUCCGUCCAACAGAACCACCUAAAUCAUCCUGCCAACAAAAACCAGCACCAGCAUUUGCUUAAUUCACAGAGGAAGAACCAAGAUGGUCUUCUGCAUGGCUCCAGCUGCACCGCUAACCUUGGCCUCAGUGCCAGCCUGUACAACAGCCUCAACACGCUGCUGAGCCAGGCACACAACAAACAGCCUGCAGAUGGUCUGAUGUACCCAAACUACAGCAACAACCAUAGCUUCCCUCAGCCUCUGGAUGAUUCUGUUCACCCGUUUAGCAGCAAGGUCACUGAACAGCCACAGAGGACCAACAACACAGACUUCAGCCAACCACUGAACACACAAUCCCUGAAUCCCUGGAGGUCAGAAGUCACAGGUCAUGAACUUUACGAGGACAACCACUCUUCAUCUCCCUCUCUUACUCCCCUUCUUCCUCAUCAAGCUUACCUCUCUCUUGAAGGACAGAAAAGAGAGGAGGGAAAUGAGGACAACAUUGUUUAUCUGUGAGAAUGAACAAUGUAAAGUGCCUGACAUAACUGGACAUUAUCUGUUGUGUGGUGUGUGUGUGUGUGUGUGUGUGUGUGUGUGUACAUUUAUAUCCAUCUAAAUGUGAUGGAUAUACAAGUUUUUAAAACCUGAAUAAUCAAACAAGAGAAUAGUUGCAGGGAGGAAGUAUGCACAGACAUUCUGUGAGCCUUUAUCAAGGUAUGCGGUGGCUAUUAAUUAUUCUCUUCCUGCAUGAUCAAGCCAUUGUGCCUUUUUGUAUAAAAGCUCUCUGUAAAUCGGCUUUUAUACUUGAACUCCCCAUUUUUAUUUCUACUAUGAUUCUUUUUACUAUCUGUUGCACUUGUUUGAUGGCCGAGGUAGCUUUGCACUGCAAGCACUGGGACCUGAAGUAAUCGGAACAGAUGUUUUACCACGAGCACUUAAAAAAAAAAAAAAGGAAAUAUUUGAAAAGCCAAUUGAACCCUUCCCUAAACUAUGUAUAGUUAUUUUUCCAUGUGAUCUUUAAUAAUAUUUAUAAGGGAUUGUGUAUCUAAAAUAUAUAGAUAAAUACUGACAUUGUUGUAUAAAGGUUACAUAUAUGUGUAGUUUGAUGGAAAGGCUACCUAUGCACACUGUUGCAAAACAAACACCUAUCAUCUUUCUCACUUAAGUGCCAAAAAUUGUGCUAUACUGUAAGUGAUUUCUAUAAAGAAUUGCUAUGUUUACUGAUAAUUUAUUGUGUGCAUAUUGCUUCAUGCACUGUCAACAUACUAUUUUAAAUGUUCUCUUGUAAUCUCUGUAACCAGAACUGUGCUGUUAAUAUUGAGCUGUAUAUAAAACUUGUUGCAAACAUUUUUAAGGA